GCUUCCGCCACACGGGGCCGCCAGAGCCCGCAGCGCGCAGGCGCGGCCGCCGUCCCGCAAGCAGGAGGCCAGGCCCCGCCUACCACCUGAUGGACGGCGCGCCCAGCCAAUGGCCGUGCGGGAGCAACAGGUAUCAAGCAAGGCUUAAGAACUUUAAUCCUGAGCCUACCAAGACAGAACUAAAAAGGCAAAAACCCCUCUAAGUGCCUUCAGAAUCCAUCACCUUGAACUUCUCAAUGCUCUUCAAAUAUUCUAAACACUGAAUGACAUCAGUCAUUGUAAGAGGUAAUUCCUGAUCCACUGAGCAAGCUAGAACGGCAGACACAGAAUCCAGCAAAUAACAGCAGCACUCUUGGAAGUUGCAGACACAGAUGAGGCACUUGGCUUCUUGUGGUAUUCUGAUGACCAGAACUUCUCCUUUGCAAGUACCUGUAAUGAGCCAUACUUUUUCAAGAAACUUCUUCAACGUUGCUGCACCAGUAAUAAAUAAAAGAAAAGAAUAUUCUGAAAGAAGAAUUAUAGGGUAUUCCAUGCAGGAAAUGUAUGAAGUUGUUGCUGUUGUGGAGAAUUACAAACUCUUUGUUCCUUGGUGUAAGAAGUCAGACAUACUCUCGAGGCGCUCUGGGUACUGCAAAGCAGAGCUGGAAAUAGGAUUCCCUCCUGUAGUAGAGAGAUACACAUCAAUUGUAACCCUAGUGAGACCACAUUUAGUUAAGGCAUCAUGCACAGAUGGAAAGCUCUUUAAUCACUUGGAAACAGUGUGGCGCUUGAGCCCUGGUAUCCCUGGUUAUCCAAGGACAUGUACAUUGGAUUUUUCAAUUUCUUUUGAAUUUCGUUCACUUCUACACUCAAAACUUGCUACGCUAUUUUUUGAUGAAGUUGUAAAGCAGAUGGUUGCUGCCUUUGAAAGAAGAGCAGCCAAACUCCACGGCCCAGAAACCAGCAUCCCUCGGGAGCUGAUGCUGCAUGAAGUUCAUCAGACGUAAAGGGAAACUGUAACAACCUCAGCUAUAAACUUGUUUGUACACUUCACUGGUACAAAGUGCUCCUCCUUUGGGGCAUUCAUUUCUUAUCUGAGCUUGGGUGUGAUUUUACCCUGUGCCAAACGCACCUGCUCAGACAGACAGACAGACACAGAAUGUUCAAAAGCUGCAAAAAAAGUGCAGCUUAAAGCCUUAUCAGUAACAGACACCUGGCAGCUCCAGUAACCCGGGCUAUCUCGGCUGCCAUUUAACGCCAAACGGCUCCUGCAAUCACUGCCUUAGCCAAGCUCCUGGCGUUUUUCAGCACUGUAACUUAUUAACUCAACUUUGUGGGAAUGUAACUUCAGAGCAUCAACUCAGCCAGCUCUGCCCAAGCAGAGGCCAGCUGACACACUGCCUUCCCAGAGAAUAGCACAGUUUGGCAGCCAUUGAGGAGUCGUGCUUUGAAUUCAAAUGAAUGGCAAAGGUAAGUCAGGGAUCUCCAGUCGCCCCUAGAGUGACCAGCAAUGCUCUAGAACUCCCCUCGUUUUCAGGGAUGAAAUGCAUAAGGAGCACUGUAAUCUGAGGGCAGCAGUCUCAGCUACAGGCAGUGGUGCCCAGUGGACCUGUCUGGAAUUUGUAGUACAUGUGGCAGGCUGAACUUGCUCCUUGCCACUCCUUCCCUGGUACACGCUGCACUUUGGUUCCCUCCAUCUCACCUAAUGCAAAUGGAACACUUUAAAGCAGGUGUUACCUCUGAGAACCAGGUACCCGUGCUGUCCUCCCUGGAAGCAGGUAACAGGAGGCCCUGUGCUUCCUUGCAGAGAACAGCCAAGGCCAGAUGUCACCAUAAAUCACUCAAGAGAGCACUAAAACUUCAUUCUUUGAGGUUUUCCAGUACCAUGCUCCCACCGUGAUGAUGUCUUCCUGAUUACAUACAUGUUCAGUACUUCUACUCCUGAAUAUUCUCUUCCCAGUUUCUGAAGAAAUCAAGAGGUUUGAACCGAUUCUAAAUCCUUACUUUAUGCUGCCUUGCAUUACCAAAUUUCCUUACUGAACUUAGGUGAAGCUUCAGGCCAGGUGCUGAAGCUGGUCCUUUCUCUGCAGCACAUGCAAUCCAUAUGGUUAAUUAAGAGCAGCAUAUUAAAUAACAUAGAAAGGUAUGUUUCAAAAUAAAGACAGCCCUGAAACAGUUUCAGAUAAUUUUACUUAAAAGAAGAAUGUCACACAUCCCAUCUGUGGAAGGAUAGUUCUUAUUGAGGGUAGGAAGCUGAGGAAAGCAACAGGUGGAUUAAGGUCAUUUGUACAGAACUGAGAAGAUGUAAAGCAAUUUUGAUUGUUGAGGUAAUCAGAUAUACACAAGUUUGGGAACACCAUGGUUCUGCAGGCUGGAAAACAGAAAAGACUGCACAAUGUUAGUGGUGGUGUCGGGUCAAAGAACACAGAAAGAGGCAAAGCAACAUUUCUAGUGCAAAAUUACUAAAUCCUGCAGCCUUACCAGAAAGGAGGAAGGUAAGAAUGGAAGGCUCAAGGUGAGGAGGUAAUCACAUAUUACACCUGAGCAAAGGAAGAUCUAAAAACCCCAGAACCCUUUCUUAGCAAAGACUUCACCUGUUUGAUACUCUCGGGGCACUUCACUUUCCCUGGGACUGUGAAAGGUUCACAGGGCCUGUUCCAGCACGUGAAACAACCAGAUAGGGCAAAAUAAACUCAGUGCACGUGCUUUGUUUUCA